AUGCAGGCGCCGGAACGGAGCGCAGCCGCUGCGCCGUUGUACACGGAUACGAGCCUGGACGAUGUGCUCGCGACGGUCGACGAGCGUGAGCUCGAUCGCGACGAGUCGGUGGACCCCAUGGCGCUGCUGGCGUACUACCGCCGCCUCCUGCCGUUUCGCUCCUUGUUCACCUGGCUGAACCAGGACGUGGCCUUGACGCGCAGCUUUACCAACCGUGAAUUUGCGUUUACGCUACAGAACGAUGCAUACCUGCGUUACCAGUCUUUUUCGAGCUGGGACGACUGGAAGAAGGAGGUCUGUCGCUUGAAUCCGUCGCGUUUCGAAAUUGGGCCCGUGUACAGUGCCAAGCCCAAGGACCGCAAGACGAUGCAGAAGGCGACCUUUCGCCCGGUCGAGCGCGAGCUCGUAUUCGAUAUUGAUAUGACGGACUAUGACGAGAUCCGGACAUGCUGCUCGGACAAGAGCAUCUGCGCCAGGUGCUGGCGCCUGAUUGCGGUCGCCGUCGAGGUGCUCGACAGCGUGCUCCGCGAAGACUUUGGGUUCCGCCACCUGAUCUGGGUCUACUCGGGCCGCCGUGGUAUCCACUGCUGGGUAUCCGAUCCAGAGGCACGAGGUCUUCCGGACGAGGCCCGCAAGGCGCUCGUCGGCUGGACGGAAGUGAUCCGCGGCAGCGCGAACCAGGCCAAAAAGGUCUCGCUCGGCUCCGCCGCGCCGGGAGCGCCGCGUGCGCUGCACCCGAGCUUGCGCCGCGCACUCGGCGCGGAUGUCCUCGCGAAUUCGGGGUCAAAUGGGCAGUCGUCCGCUGCGCGGGGGCCGCUCCAGCGCGCAUUCUUUGACGUGAUCCUUCGCGACCAGGACUGCUUCCGCGAGCAGGAGCGCUGGGAAACGCUGCUCGCCCUCCUUCCUGCGAACGAGACCGAGGCGGUGGGACGCUUGCAGAACAAGUGGUCCGCGGCGCCGCGCUCGAGCGUGCAAAAGUGGGACGACGUGCUGGACGCCGCGUCGCGCAGCGCAGAACGCGCGCGGCUUGCGUGGAUCGCGGCACUCGAGGAUAUCGUGCUGCAGUAUACCUAUCCCCGCAUCGACUCGGAAGUGAGUAAGCGCCAGAACCACUUGCUCAAGUCACCGUUUGUCGUGCAUCCCUCGACAGGGCGCAUCUGUGUUCCCCUUGAGCUCGAGCAGAUCCAGGGCUUUGACCCGCAGACCGGCGCGCCGACCGUCGCCCAGCUCUUGCGCGAGCUGAACAAGUACGAGGCGCAGCACCCGGAUGCGUCGCCCAACUCGCACACCAAAGGCGAGUGGGAAAAGACGAGUCUCCGGCCGUAUGUCGAGCAGUUCGACCGCGCCUCGGCCAAGCUCCUGCGCGAGAUGCGCGACGCAAAGCGCGCUACGACCAAGCACUCGCUCGACUUUUAG